CCUCUUGUUGCACCGCAGGCAGAUUUUUACAAGAAGAGCAUCGUGGAAUGUUUCUAUGAGUUUCCCCAGGAAAACGAACCAGACGCCGAGCGCAUGCGCACCCGGUCUGCAGCUCUGGAAAAGAUGAGAAUGAUUCACCAGGCACUAGCCAAUCCGGCUGCUCUGUUUCGGGAUAAAAAGGACCCGGCGGACACCGAUGAGGACGUUGAAAUCGACAGCAGACGAGCAUCGACGCGCGAGGGCCGACGCGCCGGACCGACGACAGAACAGACGCCGAUGCGAUGCAGACCGGACGGCGCCCCCGACUCACUCUCACUCUCACCCGCGCACGAGACGCCGGAUCGACAGGACGGGCGCGAACAGCAGAACUUUGUGGCACGGGUAAGCUACACGAUCGUGCAGUAUAUGCUCGCGAACGCUGCGCGGAAGGCGUUCUUAGUGUGCCCGCGUCGCGACGAGUUACCCGAACGCCACGGAGACGAAUUGAUAUUCUCCGACAUCCAAUUUCUUCGACGCCUGUACGAAAGUUUACCGGAAGUACUGCGAGAUAAAAUUACAAUUACCCCAGCGCGGCAGCAGGAUGGAUUCGUAACCCUUGACUAUGAAUGCAACAAAUUAAAGAGCUUCCUUACGACGAAUGGCUUUUUGCCUUUGUCGUGUCGCGCGCUUUCCGUUCAGUUUUCCGGCAGGCGCCUGGCCUCGCUCAAUGCUCAAGCAUCGGACUGUGAUCCAGGAUUCAUCGAAAGCACGCAACCACACACCUUCGAUUCGCCCAAAAUCUCUGCAGAGGAUUUGCGUGCUAAGAAGCGGAAACUCAACAAUGCUUGAUUGUCGACAUUUGACGCAGACAAGUAACUGGGCUUGGUUACUCAAUUUUGCUGAGCUUUUGGAUAGUCUUUCGAUCUCUAUUCAGUUGAUGAGCUAUUUAACUACGAUCUCCGGAUUGGGUAUUCAUCUAAUUUGCAAGACCAUGACAACUAAACUUAAAUCAUCACUCGCGGCUGGCAACGAUGGACGUUGACCACGCAUACGCAAUCGCAAUAGAAACGCUGAGCUUUCAUUUUUGACGGAGCCUAUUGAAACACAUCGGUGGGCGUCCAUCAGCGUAUAUGCGCUGAAGCUACGAUUUGAAAUGCAGCUAUUUACUUGAGC